AUGUCUUGUCUGACCUAUGAGAAACCCCUGAUGGCGGCCUGUGUGCUGUGUCGCCGGGUUCCCAGGCUGCUCUACCUCCCAGGCUGGAGAAAGGGUUCUGCGCAGGCUCAACAGAUGUAUGUUAAACUGGAAGACGAGGCUGAUGAUCAGGAGGACAAGAAAGGAGUGUUGUCACACCAGAAAGUCGCUCCCCACGGAGAGUACAAGCUGCAUUACAGCCCUUCAUCUUAUCCACAAUCUGUAAGAACCCCCACAAACUCUCCCAACCAAAUAGAUCAUGAUGAAGAUGAACACUAUCUAUCUGCCCAAGCACCAUCCCUCUGGCAACUGGGCAAUCGCUACAGUGUUAGUUGCUCGAGGCAUCUUUCAAGCACAAAGAACACACUACUUGACUUGGCUUUCAGUAAAGUCCCUGAACCUGAGCAAUCGCAGCAGAGGAAGCCUAUAGCACCAGAUGUUAAAGUAGACUCUCGUGCUUUCCAUAAAUGCCGGCCAGAGUACGCCUCUAUGACACUUGACCUCACCCAACAUCCUCAAUCAAUUGAAUGGAUGGAGGUGUUGCCAAUUCUUCAAAAGAUAACGGUUUUAAAGGGCAGAAUGAAGCCACACGAUGUGUCACAGUUUUUUGUGGAACUCAGCAGGUUGCACUCAGACAAGAUGUCCCUGGUGAGAAGCGACCAACGCUUCACCAUGCUCCUCCGAUGUUCUGUGGAGCACAUCCGCGUCUUUUCUCAGCCUCAGUUAUUGGACGUGCUGCGGUCGUUUGUCUGGCUGCAGAUGCCGUCUUCUCACACCGUGCUCGACGUGUACGAGGCUGAGCUGUGUCGCCGGGCCGACCAGAUGAGCUUAGAUCAGCUGCUGUUCGCGGCUGACUUGUGGCGCUGUAUCGGAAAGCAGGUGCCACAGUUCUUAAAGUGUGUCUAUGAUGUAUUCCACCUGCAUAUGGAUCAAGUGGGAGUCCCUGAGCUGGUGCAGCUGCUCUAUAUAAUAGGAGAGGGUAGGCACUGCCCAAAAGACUUCAUCCAUCCUCUGGUGCAACUUCUCAUGCGUCAUUUACAGCAGCUGCACCCUGAGGAGGUUGGCACUGUUUGUCUGGGGCUCUUUAAAUCCCAAACGUCAAUACCUGAGGUUGCAGUGCCUCGUAUUGUUGACAGGGCACUCUCGCUUGUGAAAGAGAUGAGUGACUUUGCUAUGGUGAAUGUGCUGAAAUACCUGCGUUUCAGUUAUCUUUUUCAUAGGCAGUGGCUGGAGGCCAUGGCCCAGGAAGUUCCUCAGCGGGCCCACAGGAUGGGUGUCAAAGGGCUGAUGCAUGUGGCCCUGAGUUGUUCAGCUCUUCAUUACCGUAACGAUUCCAUUCUCACCGCUGUCGCUGAGAGAAUUCCCUCACUAGUGCCACACUGCCGGAGUAAAGAUUCAAGCAAACUCCUCUGGGCCUUUGGCACCCUAAGGUUUCUCCCUGUUCAGAGUCCAAGUUUCUAUUCAAGUCUUACAGAAGCCCUUAGGCAGAGAAAAGGAGAAUUCCAGCAGUACCCAGAGCACCUGCUUACUGGCCUCUUAGGUUUAGCCUUCGUUUCUCAGUUCCCACAGGACCUUGUUUCAUUAGCCUUGAGUCCUGACUUUGUCAACCUGGCUCUGAAAAACACACAGAUGGAGCUGAAAAAAGACUUGUUCACUUUAGAUGGAGCUGUGGCUCUGGAGUUGCCUCAGUGGGAAGGCCCACGGUUAAGCUGUGAAAUGAGGGAAGAGGCGGCAGAUAUGCUGUGGAAAUUUGCACAGUCGGACGUGUGUCAAAGAGCAGAUGUCACCGAGGCAGAAUCUGCUCUGCAAGACCUGCUGGGAGGAGAGAGGUUUGUGUGCAAGAGAAUGAUUCUGCCUCACACGCGCUCCAUCGACCUCGAAAUACAUUUGGAUUCCAAUGGACAGCCCAUACCUGUGAACCCACCACCUACGGAACAGAGCUCAUCCACAUCUCCUCCUCUUCAAGGCUGGGAGAAUUUAAGUACGGGAGUGACAAUUACAGAUGAACUGUUAGCACAGCUAAUGAAUACCAAAAGCAGCACUGCUCCAUCCUCUGCUGCUAAACCCAAAUCCCUCCACAGAUUACCUCCUGAUGAAGGUGGAAGGCUGUUUGACUCCGUGCUCGACUUAACCAGCGAUCUUAUAGAGACUCUUGCCAAACCCGUGACCCAAGACUCAACUCAACAGGACUCUAAGGGCUCCGUCAAAGUGGCCAUUCAGGUCCCGGGCAGAAACCACUACUGCUCCCCGUCGCAGCAGCUGCUUGGACUUCAUGCCAUGAAGAGGCGGCAUUUAAAGAUGGCGGGUUUCAGGGUUGUAGAGCUGAGCCACCAGGUGUGGUCCCCGAUGCUGAGGAAAAGCAGGGCGGAGAAGCUGGCGUAUCUCCACUGCAAGAUCUACGACAGUCUGCAGUGACAGGAAACACUGACGGGUCACAUGUUGGCUUCAAAAUACUGAACGGAAAUUUUACGAGGCAGAUGUUUUAGUCUCCCUCCAACACACUUGCUUUGCACAUGUUUAGUUGUAAAAUCUAUAAUGUUAUUUUCAAAAUGUGAAAAUAAAUUUUUUUAAUACUUUA